AUGGAUCAGGGGGCGGAAGAAAGCGGAAGGGGCAGCCUGGAGAGCAACGGCAAUCACGCCUGCCCGAGUCACUUCGUAAACGCAAGUAAAUGCAUGAAUGGGCAUUUGCACAAAAAAGGGAAAGAUGCCUCAAUGCAGAACGGUAGCGGUAGCGGCAACGGGAUCGGCAACGGGAUCGGCAACGGGAUCAGCAACGGGAUCAGCAACGGGAUCAGCAACGGGAUCGGCAACGGGAAUGGAUUCAUCGUGGGGGGGCCGGGUGCACCCAGUGAGUAUCAUCCCCCCACAGUCGGCGCCGCGCGCGCUGGUGAAGAAGAUGGCUACUUCCACCAGAACGAGUGCAAGGGGGGGAUUCCCCACGGGGAGUCUGCGGGCCAUCGCAGCGGCAUCCCCAACGGGGAUGGCGUCCCCCACAUGAAUGGCGGCCUGAAUGGGAGCAGCAGCCUCAAUGGGAAUGGCCUCAUCAAUGGGAAUGGCCUCAUCAAUGGGAAUGGCCUCAUCAAUGGGAAUGGCCUCAUCAACGGGAGCGGCCUCCUCAACGGGGGCGACGCCAAUCUUAUGCCGUACAGCUACUCAAGUGACCUCGGCACGAUGGUGGAGACCCAUUCCAGCCACCACGAAAAUAGAAAUAUAGGCCCAUGCCGCAACGAAAGUGAAGGCGCAGCUGAAGGCAGUGCAGAUGUCAUCUCCCCCGUUAGCAAUAUGAAUGAGGGCAUGCAUCCGCAAGAGAAGUAUGUUAAGUUCGGUGGUGCACAAGAAGGAGGAUUCCCUGGGUCCCCUUUUGAUGGGUGUGAUAAGCCCAUGCCGACAGGUGUAGACGUGGGCUUCAUCAAUUCUGUGAAAACCCCAAGGGAGAUGCACUUUGGAGGUGGUAGCAUUGAGGAGGUAGAGGGGUCAAGCCAAGACUACCACCACUCGCAGAGUAACGGCACGAGUGCACCCAGCCGCAGCGGGCAAGUACCAAAUGGGUACAAUGAGGGGGAAAACAAUUUUGAUAAGGCGGACAGCACAAUUCAGGUGAAGAAGAAAAAAAACGUCACCUUUACGAGCGAGAACGACGUGUUUAGCAUCCCCCCGGGGGGGAACAAGGACGACUCCUUUGGCUACUACGCGAAUGGGGGUAGCGCUGUCAGCGGUAUCAGCGGCGUUAGCGGCAUUAGCGGUGCUGGCGGUGUCAGCUCCGCGGGGGAAGAGGAGCACAGCCCCGGUGGAGGCGCCCAAAUGAAGAAGACGCACGGGAGUGCCUACGGCACCACCAGCGAGAAGGACCCAGCCAACGACCUAUAUAACUUCAUCACGCUGAAGCAAAAGAAUCUUUCCUACCACCCGAACAGCGUCAACAAUAAUUACAUUGAAUAUGAUAUGAAUAAUAAUGGGCCCUUCUUCCCCAGUUUGUCCCCCGGAUUGAAAAGUAGCCCCACGAUGGGUAGCACCCUCGGUGGGAAUGAUGUGGGUGCCGUUGGGGCAAAUGUGGAGCGUCCUCCCGAGGGGGGGGAUAUUUCUUCGCCCAGCUGUCAGCCCAUGCAGCAUGGGGGGUACAGCGCGUGCAGCAGCGGCCCGCACGAGUGGGUGUAUAAGCAGGGAAGCCAAGGUGGGGAGCAGCCAGGAAGUGCGCCAAACGGGGUGACCACCAACAUGGUUAGCAUGGCCAGCGUGGGCAACGUGACCAGCGGAGACCUGCCCGGUGAAGCCCCCAUCAGUGACCCCCCAGCGAGCGAGCAGGAGGCAAAACCGGAGGGGGGGACCCCCUACUUCCCCGCAGAGGCACCAAAUGUCAGUGAUCAAACAGUCAACGCCAUGUACGAUGGUAGCAGUUACAACGCCAAUGGGGGGAAGUGGAAGGGUCCUCCAUUCAGUGGAGGGUCGAUGAGUAGAGGAGCCAAUAGAAUGCCAGGGCGAGGAGGAGCUCCGAUUAAGAAUGACAAAAGCGGCACCCCAAAUGGAAAGACAAAACAAUCGAUGGAGCAACUUAAAGGAGGUGUCAGUCCGAAGAGCGUAAGCUUUAGCAAAAAAUUGAUUCUCUGCAAGAGUAAAGAGAAGACCAAAUCGCCCAACUACCCCUCGAGUGGGGUGAAUCGCCCCGGCGGAAGUAACCAACCACACAGGUUUAGCGAGAGCCCCCUGCAUACGCAGAGUGCUGGCUUGAGCGGCUUGAGCGGCGGGGGCUUCGUAGGCGGAAGCGAAGUGGUCGACGUGAAAAAGCAGUUCGUGAUGAGGUACCUCCAUGACGUGGAGAGGAUGUACCAAAUAAGGGAGAGGAUCAAGCAGCACGAGAGUAGAGUUAGCAGGAACGGGGCGAGCGCCCGAGAGGGGAGAGCAAGGGGGGCAACAGGAGUAGCGGCAGGAGCAGCCACGACAGCCGCAACCGCAGCAACCGCAGCAACCGCCGCAGCGGGGGGAAGAAGGAGAGCCAGCUCGAACAGCCUGCUAAAUUACUAUAACAUACUGGAGCUUCUCUACCAAUCCAGCGUGAAAAAGAAAAACAUAAAUGACAAACGGAUCAGGACGUUGCUGUAUGUGUUUAAAUAUAUUAAGAGCAUCGAGCGGAGGAGAAAGAAAAAAAAAAAAAUUUACCUCUUCGACGCGGCCACUCUGCGGCGGCUGAAUCGGCAGGUGGACCUCUACAUCGAUUUUGUGGAGAGGCGGGAGUACAGGAGCGACUUAGCGGCGCAGCUGUGCCGCUGGGAGGGGGGUUCGAAGGAGGGGCCCAGCCAAGGGCGAAGCGGUGGAAUGGUUAGCGGUGGGAGGGCAGAUGGUGAAAAACCCGAUGAUGAAACACCCGAUGAUGAAACACCCGAUGAUGAAACCCGCGGUGAGGAAGAACCCAGUGACAAAGCAGUAAAUGGUGGGAGGCGGAGCGGCGGGAGGCCCCGCGCGCAGGGCGAGGCCCACCUGCAGUCGAAGUUCAUUCAAAACCUGCUGAGCAAGAAGUCAAAUCUGUACUGCAGCUCCCCCGGCAAAGUGGACCAGGUUCACUGCGAGAGCUUUUACUUUCACCACGCGCUGAAGCAGGUUAACUACCUCUGCAACUUGCUCGUCUACAUGCACUUCAUCCUUCUGAAGUACGUUUCGAUCUUCUCCCUCCCCGAGUGGAACGCCCUGCUGUUCCGCGACAUCGAUUUGUUUAACUGCGGUGAGGCGGUGCAGGAAGCGGUGGGGGAAGCGAGGGACGCGGCGAAACUGGGGGGCGAAGCCGCAGAUGGGAUGGAGGACGCCCCCCCGCAGGGCGCAACGGGGGCCACGGAAAAUGAAAAGAGCGCAGGUGGGGAUGGCCCUGACGGGGAAGCGGUUACGGAGCAACCGGAGCAGCCGGAGCAGCCCCGCCCGCACACAGAAGCGGUGACGGUUGCGGUGGAGAAGCUGAACCCGAUGCGCAUCAACAGGGAGAACACGAUCGACAUAAACUACUACGAGUAUGUGAUUGAGCCCUUCGAUUUUUACUUUUAUGAAAAUGUGUAUAAUGAGAUAGGCGCGUACGUGCAGAUGGUUAGGGGCAGCGGGGGGGCUGUCGGGGGCGAGGUCAACCAGGAAGAGUUCAACCAAGAAGAGGCCAUCCGCGAAGAAGCCAACUGUGGGGAGAUCCCCCGCGGGACCGCCGCUAACUCAACGGCGCAGGUGCUGAAGAGCCUGCCCUACCAGUACUACGAAUUCGUGGAGAUCCUCAACAAGGAAAUCAUGAAUGUGAGGGACCUCAUCUACCGAAACAGGUACAUCCGGUACCUCUUCUACUACAUUUAUAGAAACAGCGGGGAGGAUCUGCUCAACGGAGUGAACCGGAUUUUUAACAUGGAGAAGAAGAAGCUUCAGCUGUAUAAGCUGCAGAUGAAGUUAAGGUACAAUAUUUUUUUGUCUCGUUUUUUUGAGCAUGGCUACGUCAUUGUGAAGUGCCCUGGUGAGGAGAAGAGGGAUGAGGAGUUUGAGGCUUGUGGGCUAAACUUCCUCGAGGCCAAGGGGAAGCUGUUCGCGUGUCUGUUUGAACAGUAUAGGGAGUACUACCGUGCGUACCAGGCGCGGGUGCAGCGGCUGCGGGAGGGCACGCGGCGCCUCUUCAGCAUCCCCGACGAGCGGUUCCCCUACGUCCGGAAGAAGAUCACCUUUUACUCGGAGCACUUCGAGGAUUUGAAGCGGCGUUUUGCCCGCCGUGUGGAAGAGGCAGCGGAAGAGGGAGCGGGAGCGGAAGCGGAAGCUAAAGAGGAAGCUGCUGACAUGGCUGUAGAAGCGGAGGAGGGAGCUACGGACGAGCUGAACCCGACGCAGCCGCUCCUGCGGCAGAAGCUCACCUUCGACGUGGCGUACGACUACGUGGAGUACAUGUUUAACAGAAACUACGCGCUGAUCAUCAACAGCGAGAAGAACAACUCGAGGAAGCUGAAGGCCGCCUACAUCGUGAAGAGGAACUUGAAGGAGAGAGAGAACCUGGUGAUCGUGACGUCCGUGCUGAACGUGAUAAAGUGGAAGAGCCUUUUCCGCGCCUUCCAAAAUGUGACUGUAUAUCUGAAUGAGGAGAGUAUUCUGGAAAACAAAAUACAGACGGAGGAAAAAAAUUUAAUCAUCUGCGUGGACUUCCUACCCAAGAUUCUGCACGUCCCCUGUGAUGUCAUCAUCCUUGAUAUGUCUCAUUUCAACCUGCUCAACAAAAUUAGCAUCCUCAAUGACCUGCGUUAUUUGGACUUCUCCAGGAGGAUAAUCAUUUUGAAUAACGUGUUGGCCGAGAAUUGGAGUUUGCUGUCGUCUCUCUUUUUUCUGAAUAGCGCCCAUUUCGACAGCGCCAUCGUUUCGAGGAUCCAGCUGAGUGAGAGUGAGGAGGACAAGCGGGUGCUGGGCGACCUCAUGCGCGGCUUCGUGGCGCACUUCUGCGUCAUCAACAAGGAGAGGGGGCGCCAUGCGGGCGGCGAAAGGAGCGGCGAUCCAAGCGGUGAGAUAAGCGGCGAUCGACGUGAUAACCGUGGUGAUUACCGUGGUGGUGACCCACGCGGCGAGAUGCCCGCCGGCGCCGCCAUCAACCCCGGGAGCAAGCGGUGCUUCCUCAUAACCUACAUGAGCGGCAUACAGAAGUUCAUCUACGACAACGUGAGCGACCAGGACAAGUGGGACGCCUCCGUGCACCCCCUGCUCCUCCUCGACGAAAACAACUUCUUCCUCAAAGACUUUAACAUUUCAGAAAAAUUUGACCUCCUGAGGAACAUCAUCAAGAAAUUCCACAUGCUGAAGAAGCGCAUCCUUCUGUGCUACUCUGGGAAGGGCAAACUGGAGAAGCUAAUAAAGAUCCUCCUGUAUGUGCACCUGCUGAACGAUGCCUCGAGCGUAUCCUCCUUCGACGUGGAAACGGAGAGGGACUCUCUAAACGUGCAGCAGUACGACGUGGCAGUGGUGGUCAACAACCACAUAGAGUACUUAACCUUCUUCGAGAAUCGACCCAUCGCUUGCUACCUGCUCAUUUCGGCCUUCACCAAAGAGGAGGAGGGCAUAUUGGCCACCUUUAAGCAUAAGAAGGAGGUGCACUUGUACAAGAAGAAGAAGGAGGAGCUAAUGCGCUCGCGCAAGUCCUGCAGGGAUGGCAUCUACCGAUACUACAUUAACAACAUGAUUUCGGAGAACGACGAGCAGUUCCUCCUAUUCAGCAUCAUCGACCAGAAGGAGAAGGUCUACUGCAACACCUCCUACGACGAGGUGGUGCUCCCCACCUGCUUCGUCUCCACGCUGGCGCACUGCGAGGCGGCCGUGGGCUACUCGGAGCACUGGCAGGACAUAAAGAACGCCCACAGCUUCUGGAAUUUCAACAACUUCAACCGAGACAAGGUCAUCUUCUACCUGGACCGCAAGAACACCGUCUACGACAAGUACGAGAACGUGGUGUGCCCCGUGUCCGAGGAGUACAUCGCCCCCCCCCAGAUUUACUACUACCUGGCGAACCCCCUGAACGAGAAGAACACCUUCAACAACUGCCUGUCCCUGGCGGUGGACGAAAUCAUACAGGAGCUCAACCGGAAGAAGGAGCUCGACGAGUUUGACGAAAUGAAGAAGCUCACGCUGCUCAACAUCAAGGAGAAGACGAGCAAGAAGUACUUCUCGUCCAUCCGGAAGGUGGAGAAAAUUCUCUCCGAGUUUUUGAAGGAGAACAAGAAGAAGUCCUUCGAGCGCUUUUUGAAGGGGUGCGAGAGCUACGGACAAGUGAUCACCAAGUGCAAGGAGAAGCUCUUCGUCACCUUCAACAAGACCUACAACUUGCACUUCAAGUACUUUGAGGAUUUCUGGCUUGACGAGGAGAAGAAGCGGAAGGAGAAGUGGAGGAAAUUAUGGGACUUGCACGAGACCAAGGAGAAGGAAGACAUCAACAGCGGCAAUGGAAGCGGAAACGCAAGUGGAAACGCAAAUGGAAACGGAGAUGGAGACCCCUCGGGGGAGAACAACCCUGAUGGUGGGGCCCGUAUAAGUGGCAGCAGCAACGAAGCGACUAACCUCAUCAACAUCAACAGCGUCUUCCACUCCACCGUGAGCGAAAAAAAUGACUCCAAUGACAGCUACCACGCAAGCAACUCCUUCUCCCACAGCGACAAAACCAAAAACGAACUGAACUUUCUUGAAAAGAAAAACUUCCGCAUUAGACUCUCAUCGCAGUUGUUUGAUGAAAAGGAAUUCGACCAGCUGUUUAUUGAGAGGAAAAAGAUAUGCUUGCCGAAUGGAGACACCCAAAAGGAGGAUAGCAACUACUGCUCGCUGGAGAAGGACAAGGAGAAAGACAAGAAGACCUGCUUGUACAUCGAGCGGAAGGAGGGCGAGGAGGAGCCCUGCCAGGUGUAG